AUGUCCGACGAGCUCGACUUCACAAACCAGAAAGAGGACAAGACCAUCACGGUCGCCCUCAACCCCGAGGCUGAGGCUCGCUUUGAGCGCAUCACCCGCAGCCUCGCCGAGGUCACCUCUGCCAACAUCAUCCGCCAGGUCCUUGCAGAUGGCGAGACUCCCCGCCUCUACUGGGGCACUGCGACUACUGGCCGGCCCCACAUCGCGUACUGUGUGCCAUUGAUCAAGAUUGCCGACUUCCUGAGCGCGGGCGUCCACGUCAAGAUCCUCCUGGCCGACAUUCACGCCUUCCUCGAUGCCAACAAGUCGACGAUGGAGGUCCUCAAGUACCGUGUCAAGUACUACUCGUACCUGCUGCACGCGGUGCUCACGACGCUCGGCGUGCCGACUGACAAGCUCGAGUUUGUCACGGGCUCGUCGUACCAGCUAAAGCCCGAUUACACCCUCGACGUGUACCGCUUCAACUCGUUGACGACAGUCAAGCAGGCUGAGCACGCCGGUGCCGACGUUGUCAAGGCCUCGACCUCGCCGCAGAUGUGCUCGCUCCUCUACCCCGGCCUGCAGUGCCUCGACGAGCAGUACCUCGACGUGCACAUCCAGUUCGGCGGUGUUGACCAGCGCAAGAUCUUCAUGUUUGCCUCCCACUACCUCCCCAAGCUCGGCUACGCCAAGCGUGCCCACCUCAUGAACGGCAUGGUGCCAGGCCUGAGCGGCGGCAAGAUGUCGGCGUCGGACCCCAAGUCCAAGAUCGACUUCCUCGACUCGGCCGCCGACGUCAAGGCCAAGAUCAAGGCGGCUGUGUGCGAGCCUGGUGUUGUCGAGGGCAACGGCAUCCUCGCCUUCCUCAAGACCGUGCUCAUCCCCGCGCAGGUGAUGCGCGACGAGCAAGCCGUCGCCAGAGGCGAGAAGCGCUAUGUCGGCGAGCUAUCGUUUGCCUCGCCCACCUCGCCCAUCGGGACCGUCUUUACCAUUGCGCGCCCCGAGAAGUUUGGGGGCGACCUCCACUUCGCCUCUUACCAGGCCCUUGAGGACGAGUACGCUGCCGAGAAGCUCCACCCCGGCGACCUCAAGUCGGGCGUUACCGCCGCGCUCAUCCUCCUCCUCGCCCCGAUCCGCAAGGUCUAUGAAGCGUCGCCCGACUGGCAGGAGAUGGACCGCCUCGGCUACCCCAAGGUCGUCUCGGAGGCCGACCGCAUCAAGGCGGAGAAGAACGCCGCCAAGGCUGCCAAGAAGGCCAAGGGUGGCGCGAAUCGGCCGCCUACUGAGGAGGAGCGCGCCGCCCUCAGGAAGGCCAAAGAGGAGAGACAGACCAAGGAGCAGGCCGCAAAACAUGCCGCCGCCUUGGACCCAACUGCUGGACCAAGCGCAGCUGUCCUUAACACGGACAUGCCCAAGCUGAAGCUCCUGUCCAAGGGCAAGGUUAGGGACAUCUAUGCGCUCCCCGACGUAGCGGACGCGGACAAGCUCCUCUUUGUGGCGACGGAUCGGAUCAGCGCCUUCGACGUGAUCAUGGAGAACGGCAUCCCGCAGAAGGGCGCGACCCUCACCCAGCUGAGCAUGUUCUGGUUCCACAAGCUCAAGAACAUCAUCCCCAAUCACGUUCUCACGCCGUGCAUCGAGGGCGCGUCCCCAGCGUGUCUGCAGGGAGCCACGACUGCGUGGGAGGAGUUCCCGGCCUCCCUGGCCGAGUACCGCGCACAGCUCGAGGGGCGGUCGAUGAUCGUGCGCAAGUGCGAGGUUGUCAAGAUCGAGGCCAUCGUGCGCGGCUACAUCACCGGCUCGGCAUGGGGCGAGUACCAGAAGAGCCAGACGGUGCACGGUAUCCCCAUGCCGGCAGGGCUAGUCGAGAGCCAGAAGCUCCCCAAGGCCAUCUUCACGCCGAGCACCAAGGCCGACCUGGGCGACCACGACGAGAACAUCCACCCCGACAAGGCGAAGGAGAUCUGCGGUGCCGAGGUGGCCGCUGAGAUUGAGCGUACGGCGCUCCAGCUUUACAACACUGCGGCCGAGUACGCCCUCGAACGUGGCCUCAUCCUUGCCGACACCAAGUUUGAGUUCGGCCUUCUCGACACGCCGAACGGCAGGCAGCUCAUCCUCAUCGAUGAGGCACUCACCCCCGACUCGUCACGCUACUGGUCGGCGGCCGCUUACCAGGAGGGCAAGCCUCAGGACUCGUUUGACAAGCAGUACCUCCGCGACUGGCUGAUCAAGGGCGGGCUCAAGGCCAAGGAGGGUGUCGCGCUGCCGGAGGAUGUGGUGGCCGAGACCAAGUCCAAGUACGAGGAGGCGCGUGACCGUGUCAUGGGCCUCGGCAAGUUUGCCGCGUGA